ACUUCCUCAGACAGCGGACCAGUCGAACACUCCGGCUCAACUGCGGCGUUGAAUUCCGACGUCGAGUCGAACAAAAGAAAGCCGUAAGUACGGGAUGGAUUAAUAGGUGGAUCGUUGUAUUGAGACCUUUGCAGGUUUCUUGUGCGCGUGUCGUACACGCUUAUCCGCAGAUUCCGGGCGAUCGAAUCAGAUCCCAGUUUCUUUGGAUGUGGUUCCCUAGUGGCAGGAUGUGUUGCUGUCAUUUCCGUAGUCACUCUCAUCAGCUUCAUGCUCUUCACGGCUACGAGGCUCGACCCCCGAGAGUAUGGAAUGCCUACAACAAUCGACACCACUAACCCAGCCCACGAGAAUGACACGACGAAUGGUAAAACGCACAAUGGCGUUCAUCACCGCCACUAUCACAAAUUCUACAAGGGGCGCAAGAAGAGCACAGGCUCACCAGCACCUCAUGAACAACAUCGCGUCUUGGCGUGCACCGUGGACGCCGGUGUCACGGACAACCGGGUUUACCCCCCAGAUGGUCUCUGCGAUUAUCUACUAUUCCGGAAUGUACUGUUUCAGAAGGGAAAAUUCAUAGCCGCCGAUAAUGAAAGCGCCAGCUUGUCAAUGUUUAAGGAAGCAUCACGUGACUCCAAUGCGACAGCCUUUGGGUAUGCACUCGACUUCGGAACUUUCGAUACCGUGGCAGAGGGCAACAGACCGGUCGACAUGAAGCCAGCUAUAGUGAACGCAGCUGCACGCCAUGCCAUUCGUGGUAUAGGUGUCUUGGACUUGACCAACGUCCUUCUGGACGAAGACAUGAACAGCACUCAGCGCUUCUUCCAGGAGAACCGUAAAAGUUUGCCAUCCGAAGGUUUCAUGUUCAUCGGAAUCGAGGCACCGUCCAGCAUCAACCAACUUUUACGACUGGCGCACAUUGCUAAGGACGUUGACAUCGCCAUUCUGAGGACCCACGUGGAAUUUAGCCCUGACUCCCCGUGCGUUGUUGCGUACCCCGGUGCUUGGGCUGGCCGAGGUCAACCCGGGCAGCGAGAGACCGUACAGAUCCUGGGCAAUCUCACCAAUGACACGUCGACCGCGUGGCUGGUGUCCUUCCAGCUAGGCGUUCUUGCCUACGAAGGGUCCAGUCAGGUCCUCGACGUUGGCCAGAACUGCAGCACACACUAUACCCUCGGAUACGAUGACGUGUGUCGGGAGCAACGCGACACGGUCGUUGAUGAGCAAGCGCUCGUCGUCUUUCAGCAAGGCAAGGGAAGCGGGACGUAUCGAACGUUCGAGACUUCGGAGACCUUGGAACGAAAGAUCGUGCUCUUCCUGAACGCUAUGGCGAGCUGUGGCAUCCACGUUGGAGUGGCUUUGUUUGAUAUCCAGUUUGAGAACUACGAGACGGACUGUUCAUCCGAUAACACUAUCCCUCGUCGUUUUAGCCGUCUGUCGACUACCAAAUACGUUCUUGAACUCUAUACCGUAUGAUUGCAUUUGUUCUGACACAAAUUCACUUUAAUCAUUUACUCGACUAGGUACAUUUAACGCAUUGCGCUUCUGCCAGCCGCACACGAAGGCCUGAUUAAAGAUAGUAAAGUCAAAACAAUGGUUGCCUGGGCUCCAUGCUCUCUUGUAAAGAGUGCAUCGUGCUCACAGUAGGGCAAUUUCAUCCAAACAAUAUCAACACUGCUACAGAAGAAGGCGCACAUCUAACCCGUCUCAUAUGUCCCGUUGAACUUGCAUAAACACUGCGUUACUAUUGGCUCGUUCGGCUGUCCAGGGGGCGCAGUUUCCUGCAGUUAUUUCAUCAGACAUUGUAGAUAUUCUCCGACGUAGGUCGAACGCACGACCUAAUUCGAAGACAAGACAACGUGUUUUCAGCAUCGUUAUCUACGCUUGUAGAAUAUAUCGUAGAACGUGAAGAAAAACAAUGUGAAAGUU